AACAUAGAAAUUAAGCAAGAAAGAGUUAAACAUCACCAUGGUUAUUGAUCUUCUCUACCUUGUUCUGUUAGUGUCUGUUCUUCUCAUCUUCUUCAAACUCAUUGCAGAGAAGAAACGAUUUGAAGACAAAAAUCAUAUACCCAGCCCUCCUAGUCUUCCUAUAAUCGGCCAUUUUCACCUCCUAAAACAGCCCUUGGCCCCACCAUUGACCAAUCUCUCAACCAAGUAUGGUCCUAUUUUCUUUCUGCGUUUAGGUUCACGCCCAACACUUGUACUGACUGAACACUCAGUCAUUGAAGAAUGCUUCUCAAAGAAUGAUAUCAUCUUCUCCAACCGUCCACUCUUGCCCUCUAGAAAGAUUCAAACUUAUAAUUAUUCUACAAUUAUAGCUCCAUAUGGCAACCACUGGCGCAACCUUCGCCGUUUCUUUGCUCUUGAGAUAUUCUCAGCGAAGCGUCUGCAGAUGUCUGCAAACGUUCGCCAUGAAGAACUAAGAAUCAUGGUCAAACACUUGUUUAAAAGCUCACUCAAAGGGGCUAAGAAAGUGGAUGUGAAAGCGUUUCUUUACAUGUUGGAUUUUAAUAUGAUGAUGAGAAUGGUUGCAGGCAAUAGGUGCAUUGAAGAAGAGGAAAUUGACACAGAUGAAGCUAAAGGUAAAAUGGAUGAGCUUAUCCAGACGUUUAUACCUGACUUGAAAAUGGCUCUGGGCGAUUAUUUUCCAUUUCUGAGGUGGUUGACUUACUUUGGAGUGGAAAAGAAGCUGCUAAAUUUACAUAUAAAGAAGGAUGCUAUCACGCAGGCUCUUCUAGAUGCACAUCGAAAUUCUAAAAAAUCUACUGAUGUUGAGACUAGUGGAAGUACAAUUGUAGAUAUGAUGCUGAAACUGCAGGAAUCUGAACCUGAAUUCUACACCGAUGAUGUCAUCAAAGGAAUCAUGCAGUCAAUGCUAACAGCAGGAACACACACCACGGUGAUCACUAUGACAUUAGUUAUUUCACAUCUGCUAUCACAUCCAGAUGUGAUAGAAAAAGCAAGGGAAGAGAUCGAUAACCACGUUGGACAAUCCAGGCUAGUAAAUGAUGCUGAUCUUCCUAAGCUUGCAUACCUUCGAGGUAUUAUAAAUGAGACACUUAGAAUAACUACAAAAGCAGUUUUACCUCCUCGAGAGUCGUCAGAGGAAUGUAAAAUAGCAGGUUACGACAUCCCACAGGGCACACAGUUAUUUGUAAACGUAUCGGCGGUGCAUAGGGACCCAAAUUUGUGGACAGACCCAGAUGUGUUCAAUCCUGAACGAUUCCAAGAUAUUGCAGAAGAAAAGGAAGGGUGUAAAUUCUUGUCUUUUGGUGUAGGAAGGAGGAUAUGUCCUGGGGCUAGUUUAGCCAUGCGAGUGAUGGAAUUAUCACUAGGGACCUUCAUACAAUGCUUUGAAUGGGAAAAUGGUGAGGAUGAGGUUGACAGAGUUGGUGCUGUCAAAACCAAAGGGAACAUGCCAAUGGAUACGUCUGUUAAAAUAAUAUUUCGACCUCGGGAAGCACUUGUUAAAGUUCUUGAUCAACUUUGAACUGUGAGCAUGCGGCUUCUGAAACUUAUGCUAACUUGUGGUUUCUGUUUGAACUGUAAGGUGCAAAACUAGAUAUGUUUUUAUCUUUAUUGUCAUAAACCAAUGUUAAAUAAUUAAUUGUUAUUGAUUAUUAUAUGUAGUUGCUG